GGUCGCUUCCCUUUUCUACACAGUCAAGCUACAUCCCACACUAUGAGGCUCUUUGGUGGUCGCACGAUAUUCCCUAUGCUCCCGCCCUAUGGCGCUCACGAUGGCAGUGACGCUCCUCCACCAUACGCAAAUCCCGACAAGCCAACACCAUACCUGGGUCUCAAGGCACGUCUGUCCCAGAUAUGGAUCAACCGAUGGACUAUUCUGAUCUUGCUCGUUCUCGUCCGUGUACUACUCGCCACAACAGGUCUUCAGGGAGACAUGGCGAAUGCGCGCUUACAGGCCCUUUCUGCUUGUAACUCUGUCCAGUCUGCGGGUAGUUCUAUGGCAUCUUUACCACAUUACAUGGCUCAGGGAGUCAACGAGCUUACGGCAAGUGGAGUCACAAGCGCAGUGAACGGGUUGGUUGAAGUCCUGCAGUUGAUGAUUACUGGCAUCGAAGCUCUCGUUGUUUUCUAUAUCAACUUCCUCACGCAAAUGUAUUUGUGUCUCUUCACUCUUGUUGCUAGAGGAGCCGCGGAGACAGCCCUUGGUUUGGCGAAGGAGGUGACGGAUUGGCUCAACCAGACCUUGCCUACCAUUGAGGACGAUAUCUCCGGUGCCGUGAAGACUGCUAGUGAUGGACUGAAUGAUCUUGGUUCAGCGCUUGAUUCACUGAAGAAGGACUGCAAUAACGUCUUCACCAAAUCUCUCUGUGGUGCCAUUCCUAGCAUCCCAACUCUUGAUUUCACCAGUCAAAUCGACGAACUGAAGAAUCUCUCACUGCCAUCCUCAAUCAAUGAUGACAUCGACAAGGUCAAUAAAACCAUCCCCACAUUUGACCAGGUCAAGAACGCAACAACAACAGCUAUCGAGUACCCCUUUGAGCAACUCAAGAAGCUCAUCAAUGAUAAUCUUGGAAACUACUCAUUCGACAGCUCUGCUUUCCCCGUUCCAGCCAAACAAUCCCUUUCCUUCUGCGGCGAGAAUGACGGGAUCAACGACUUCUUCCAGAAGACAACCGAUAUUAUUCUGGUGGCCCGCAAAGUCUUUAUCGCAGUUCUCGUCAUCUUUGCAGUCCUUGCUUGCAUCCCCAUGGCCUGGAUGGAAAUCCGGAGUUGGAGACUCGCCAAAGAGCGAGCUAGGAUUAUCGGUACUGGCAAUCACGACUCUCUUGAUGUCGUUUAUCUUGUUUCUCGUCCACAUACUUCUUCCUGGGGUAUGAGGGCUGCGACAUGGUUCAAUAACAGCCGUCAUCAAAUCCUCGUACGCUGGAUUUUCGCAUAUGCAACCUCCAUCCCCGCCCUCGUGUUGCUCAGUCUAGGUCUAGCUGGCCUCUUCGCCUGUCUAUGCCAAUACAUUCUGUUAAAAGCUGUCGAAAAGGAAGUCCCAGAACUCACCGCCGAAGUCUCCCAAUUCGCCGACAAGGUCAUCGACUCGUUGAACAAUGCCUCUGCGCAAUGGGCCUUAAGCACAAACCACGUCAUCAACACAACAAAUACAGACCUUAACAAGAAUCUCUUCGGAUGGGUGAACACCAGCACCACGGCGCUAAACGAUACCCUCAACACUUUCCUGGAUAAAUCCAACGAAGUCAUCAACACGACCUUCAGCGGCACCCCCUUGUACGGUGCCGUGUCCGGUAUCUUCGACUGUGUCGUCGAGCUCAAAAUUGAAAGCGUCCAAAAGGGCUUAACAUGGGCUCAUGACCACGCUCACAUCACCCUCCCACAACUCCCGAAUAACACAUUCUCGAUCGGAGCAGCUAAAAGCGCGGACACGGGUGAUAGUUUCCUUUCAGACCCCGGCUCAACCACAUCCAACCAAAUCACCGAGGUGGUCAACAACGUCGUCACCAAACUACAAGACGGUAUCGAGACCGAAGCCAAGAUUGCAUCUAUUCUGGUCCUACUUUGGUUUUUGCUGGUUCUUGUUGGUAUUCUGCGUGCACUCAUGAUUUGCUGUAAACGUGAGCGCGUCCGUGGUAAUGGUGGUGGACAGGAAAAUGUCGUUAUCGGAGGGCCUAUUGAACCUGCUGCUUUCCACACUACUGGUAACACUGCAAUGAUGACCGGUGGGCGAUCUACGCGCUCUGUUGGUGGUGAUAUGCAGCAGGUACCCCUUGAUGCGCCAGCACAUGACCACGAUUCAUGUGACUAUGAAGACCAGAAAGUCGGUUAUGCAGGUGAGCGCGAUUAUUCGUCUGCCGUGCAUGCUGAUACUCGUAAGAGUGCAUACGUCGAAUAUGCCAGUGACGAGAAACGCCGAUAGUGACAAUUUUCUUGGGCGCCUAUCUUUUCUUUCUUUAAAAAGCAUCUCUUCACACUAUUACAUCUUUGCUGUCAUUUUACAUUUCUACUUUUUGUUUCCCCGGCAAUUGCAUCGGUUAGGAGGCGUUCUGUUUUAUAGCUUACUGAUCUACGAUACCCUCAUUGCACACAGUUCUUAUUGGUAUGAUCUGUUGUUGUAUGAGAAAAUGUUUAUUUAUCUUGCAUCUACUGAAUGUGUGAUAGACCUUGCUCGAGACUUCUUCUUGCCUCAGGCCUAUACAGAAAUCCAAAUAUUGAUUAAUUCUUUGAUGCUCU